UGAUGUGAGAUUUUCAAUCACUGAAAAACUGAUCAUUACAUCUGUGAAACUUAUUAAUCAUAUUAUUGAACCAGUUGUCACAUCUGUGACACUCAUUAAUAAUGUCAGCGAACCGGAACCGGAACCUGAUAUUCAUCUGAUUGAUGAUGAAGAUGCUUCUGAUAUUGAUGAUCCGAAUUCCACAUGA